GAGGGUGAAGCCAGGAGUCGGGGACGCGCAUCCAGCUGCCUGUGUGGUCUCUGCGCUCGUUCACGUGCAUGUAAACACCUGACCACUGCAGGGAGACACGGGCGGCGCUGCUGGUGUCUGAUGACAGCCGGAAUUCUACUUUUUUCCACCCCCCUUUUAUCGGAGCCGUGUGUGCCCGCAUGGCGGAUGUGGGGGUGUUUGCGGCGGAGCGGGAUCAGACUGCGCUGCGGGACUACAGGCGGCGCACUCGGCUCUACUGCAUGAAUGGCGGACAGCACCUGCAGAUCCUGCCUGAUGGGACGGUGCGGGGCCACAGGAGGAAGGAGGAGGAGGAGGAGGAGGAUGCUCACACUGUUUUAAAGAUCAAAGCUGUUGACCGGGGUGUGGUGGUCAUCCAGGGAACAGAAGCAGGCCGAUAUCUGGCAAUGAGCGAUGAGGGACUUCUGUACAGCUCACCCACAGUCACUGAUGAAUCUUACUUCCUGGAGAAACUGGAGGAGAAUCACUACAACACAUACCAGGCUCAGAAAUAUCAGGAGAGGGGCUGGUACGUGGCUCUGAAAAAGAACGGAAAACCUAAAGCAGGUCCAAGAACUCACAUCGGACAGAAGGCCGUCUUCUUCCUGCCCCGCCAGCUGGACGGCUCCGGGGAGUAAAGAUGUUUUUCUCCAACUCUACUAAAAAGGACUGGAGGCUGCUUAAGGAAAAUAUUUGUUUUUGUGAAAGAAGACGUGCAGGUAUGAAGUGCUGGACUGCAGGGGAAAGCAGUGGUCCUGUCCUGAUGUCUAUUUAUCAGAGAAAUCACGAGCGACACUUUUCCUUUUAUUACUAACAAUGAUCUUUUUCUCAAAAAAACACAUGUAUUCACAACAUCCAUGUCCUAUUUUAAUGAGUGAAUCCAGGUCAUCUCAUGUUGACACCAUCACUGGUGUCCAGUCUUCAUUUUAACAUGAAAGAAGAACACAGUACGGAUACUCUGCUGAUAUCAUACUAUUUAUAUUAGUUGUUCUCAAACCAAAGGUCAUUUUGGGUGGUUGUGAGGCAUGAAAAAUAAAC